AAGAAGAAGAAGAAGCUCUCCCAGCGUGCAGCGGUGCUGCGGUGUGAGUCCGUCGUUACCCAACACAGCGGCUGGAUUCGUGUUUUCUGAGUCGAGCAGCUGAAGGCACUCGUACGGACGCAUCCCAGGCCCAGGAUGAGCGCCAUGCGGACUAUCCUGACCUCCACCGCCAUGGUCGCUAUGGUGGGGGCCGGCUUUGGGAUGUGGUCCAUCAUGUCUACAGGAGACGGGCGGCAGAGGGACACGACCAAGAAUAACUCUCAGAAUCUCCCUGAGAUAGACCCCACGAGGAUGGAUGAGACGAGGCAGAGGAACGCGAUGUUGAUGGAAAUACUAAAGGACGCUGCAGGAACCAAAGACAAUCUAGCAAGAGGAUUCGAAGGACCUGCAAAAUAGACAGCUCUCACCCUGUGACCUGUUUGAAAGUCCAAAUGUCUUGAGUGCUUCACAGUGCUGCAACCUGUUCACAUAAAGAUGAUUAUUGUACAAAUGUAGUUGUCUUGUUUGUGUAAAACCAUUUUACCACUGGAUGUUAAAAUUGUUUAUUAAACUAUCCAAACAUA